GGUAGGAAGAGAAGAUCACUUGUGGACUAAGUUUGUUCACAUCCCCUUCUCCAACCCCCUCAGUACAUCACCCUGGGAGAACAAGGUCCACUUGCUUCUGGGCCCACACAGUCCUGCAGUAUUGUGUAUAUAAGGCCAGGGCAACGGAGGAGCAGGUUUUGAAGUGAAAGGCAGGCAGGUGUUGGGGAGGCAGUUACCGGGGCAACGGGAACAGGGCGUUUCGGAGGUGGUUGCCAUGGGGACCUGGAUGCUGACGAAGGCUCGCGAGGCUGUGAGCAGCCACAGUGCCCUGCUCAGAAGCCCCAAGCUCGUCAAUCAAGCUGGUUCUCCAUUUGCACUCAGGAGCACGGGCAGGCGAGUGGCCCCUAGUUCUGGGAGCAGAGUAUCAGCAUCCCAGUCCUAGUCCCGAGCCUAAAGCCUCGCCUGCCUGCCCAGUGCCAGGAUGGCUACCAUCACCUGCACCCGAUUCACGGAAGAGUACCAGCUCUUCGAGGAACUGGGAAAGGGAGCCUUCUCCGUGGUGCGCAGGUGUGUGAAGGUGCUGGCUGGCCAGGAGUAUGCUGCCAAGAUUAUCAACACCAAGAAGCUCUCAGCCAGAGAUCACCAGAAGUUGGAACGCGAGGCCCGCAUCUGCCGCUUGUUGAAGCACCCCAAUAUCGUCCGACUCCAUGACAGCAUCUCCGAGGAGGGGCACCACUACCUUAUCUUCGAUCUGGUCACUGGUGGGGAGCUGUUCGAAGACAUUGUGGCCCGGGAGUAUUACAGUGAGGCUGAUGCCAGCCACUGUAUCCAGCAGAUCCUGGAGGCUGUGCUACACUGUCACCAGAUGGGGGUGGUGCAUCGCGACCUGAAGCCUGAGAAUCUGUUGCUGGCUUCGAAGCUCAAGGGUGCUGCGGUGAAGCUGGCAGACUUUGGCCUGGCCAUAGAGGUUGAGGGAGAGCAGCAGGCAUGGUUUGGGUUCGCAGGGACACCUGGAUACCUCUCCCCAGAAGUGCUGCGGAAGGACCCAUACGGGAAGCCUGUGGACCUGUGGGCCUGUGGCGUCAUCCUGUAUAUCUUGCUGGUUGGGUAUCCCCCAUUCUGGGAUGAGGACCAGCACCGCCUGUACCAGCAGAUCAAAGCUGGUGCCUACGAUUUCCCAUCACCAGAAUGGGACACCGUCACCCCGGAAGCCAAGGAUCUGAUCAAUAAGAUGCUGACCAUCAACCCGUCCAAACGCAUCACGGCCGCUGAGGCUCUCAAGCACCCCUGGAUCUCGCACCGCUCCACUGUGGCCUCCUGCAUGCACAGACAGGAGACCGUGGACUGCCUGAAGAAGUUCAAUGCCAGGAGGAAACUGAAGGGAGCCAUCCUCACCACUAUGCUGGCCACCAGGAACUUCUCCGGAGGGAAGAGUGGAGGAAACAAGAAGAAUGAUGGCGUGAAGAAAAGAAAGUCCAGUUCCAGCGUUCAGUUAAUGGAAUCCUCUGAGAGCACCAACACCACCAUCGAGGAUGAAGACACCAAAGUGCGCAAACAGGAAAUUAUCAAAGUGACAGAGCAGCUGAUCGAAGCCAUAAGCAAUGGAGACUUUGAAUCCUACACGAAGAUGUGCGACCCUGGAAUGACAGCCUUUGAACCGGAGGCCCUGGGGAACCUGGUCGAGGGCCUGGACUUUCAUCGAUUCUAUUUUGAAAACCUGUGGUCCCGGAACAGCAAGCCCGUGCACACCACCAUCCUGAACCCUCACAUCCACCUGAUGGGUGACGAGUCAGCCUGCAUCGCCUACAUCCGCAUCACUCAGUACCUGGAUGCGGGUGGCAUCCCCCGCACGGCCCAGUCAGAGGAGACCCGUGUCUGGCACCGCAGGGAUGGAAAAUGGCAGAUCGUCCACUUCCACAGAUCUGGGGCGCCCUCCGUCCUGCCCCAUUGAAGGACCAGGCCAGGGUCCCUGCGCUCUUGCUUCGCAGAGAUCCAUUCUUUGUCCAUGGAAUGUGGCUGCUGGCUCUCCCUUGGAUGUUGCUGGAAUUCUCCCUGUCCUAUCACCCUACCGUUGCCAUCUCUGUAUUUGCAUCAUGGAAGCCUGCUUGUUCACAGAAGCCCUCAUGACGUCACAGCGAAUGGCCAGCUCUCUCCAGCUCCACUGCCCACGCUCUUCCUGCCAGUGGGGACCUUCUUCAGGCUUGAGUACCCAGGGUGCUGGCCCCAGGAACCCCCAUCCCCUACCCACUCUUGUUAGCCUGGCCUAGCUUUGGCCCUAAAUGAGGAGGCCCCAGCUGUGCAUUUGGCAGGAAGUAAGGCAAGGAGAGGAGGGCGAGCUGUGACCAGGGCCCCUCUUGUCAGUUCCUUCCCUUCUGGGGUCCCUGGGGAAGCGUAGAUGAGCCCCUCAGUCUCCAAGCCAACUCCUUAUAAGGGAGACUGAGAGAGGAGUCAACACCAGGAACUGCUACUCUCAUCUGCUCCCCUCUGGGCUGGCCUUGCGUUUGAUCAGACCAUCCACCAUGGGGGAAGAGAGGGAGUGGGCUCUACGGUCUGUCCAGGUACCCCACUCACUGCCUCAGUCCGUCUGUGAAGUUUGUCUCCAGUGUUGACCCACCCACCCUGCCCUUCAACGUCCUUGGAGAAUUCCAGCCUCAUCUGUCUAAGAGGAGAUCUGAUGGUGUUUCAGGGGCAAUAGCAAGCAACACUUAGGUAUCACUUCUACUUGGACGCAUGCCUUUUUACAGCCAAACCUCUGUGUAUUUCGUAAAUGGAUUUUGCGUUAACGGACAUUUAUGUGAUAACUAGACCUCUCAAGUUAUUGUAAAGAGUCGGAUGGGUUGGGAAGUGGGUGGGAAGAGGAGUGAGGGGAAGUUUUUACCCUGUUCCAGAGGGUUUUUUUUUGGGGGGGAGAGUCUUUUCUGGGGUGGCCUCAGCUCCCCCACCCCCCCACCAGGGAGCACGUCUUCCUUCCAUUCUGGUCCCCAAGGUCAGCUGACAAGAUCUCUUCCAGAGCCAGCAUGACUAACACACAGUGAGUCAGGGCAGGGGAGGCCAUCAGGAUGGGAACAUCCAGACUUGGUAUCUCUGGAACUGGAGAUCUCACUACCCUACUUCCUGGGAAAUCUUUCUCCAAAUCUUCGUGCUCUCCCUCCCCAUCCCGGUGCCGCUCACUACCAUCUGGGUACCUCAUUCCCAUUGCCUCUCUCAACUCGGCCAAGCAAGAGUACCAGAAACUAAUUUUCCUACUUCACGCUGAAUUUGGGCUGGUGUGCGCUCUUAAUUGCGCUUGCCUGAUUGCCCGGCCUCCCUCCCCCAGCCCCCCCUACCCCCUUCCUCUCUUUCCCCUCUCCCUUCCUUUCUCUUUCUCUUCCUCUCUCUCCAUCUUCCUGGGUUUGGUUCUUAUAUGGAAUGCUGUGUCUCAUCCACGGGGAUCCCUUGUCUGCACUGUUUUCUUUGCAUGACUUUAUAUGCAGUAAGUAUGUUGAGAAAAAAAAGAGCAAAGACAAAAAAGAAGAAAAACACUCAGCAAAAUCAAACGACACGUUUUGGACAAAAAAUAUAAUAAUAACAUUCAAGGUUAUAUUCUCAGUGUCCAACUUGGAAUUACGUUGCUGCCUCUCUGUGCUUUUGGUCUCUGUGUGGCUGUGUUUUGCCAGCAUGAGACCCUGUCCCCUCUGGAGGUUUCUAGGGGAGGAAGAGCCGUGUGUCGGGGGGGGGGGUUGGAGACAGCUUUGUCCUCUCAGCUUUUUGGGGGGGGUUGAUUGGAGCAGAAGUGGAAGGGGAUGUUUAAUCCAGAACUUUCUGGUAUUUCCCUUUCUCCCACGCAGUGAGCUAUACGCUGGGCUCUUCUCUCAAAUCCUGCUGCCCAGGGACAAGUAUAGGGUAGAAGGGUGGCCCUAUUGUCUAAGCCACUCCACUGUAGCCCUCUGCCUUUGGUAGAGACACUGCUACCCAGACCCAAGAAUGGGCCCUUGUCCCACCCCAGAUCUAGGCUUCUUCAUAAGGCUCAGCAAACUCAUUGUCCCCAGCCAUUCCCCCACUAAAGGUAAAAGAAGGUGUGGCCUUUACCAGGGGACACUGCGAUUAUCAAUCAAGCCCUCUUCAAGCCUCAGUUUCACCACCAGUGUUCCUACCCAGACUGAUGGAAGGUCAAACUAGAUGAUGUCACAAGUGCACACCAUCUUUGAGAACUUGCUGGGUUUGUCACUGGCUGGCCUUCUUAUGCACCAGGCCCGGCCAAUUCCCAUCUUUUCCCCUGUGUGCCCCCUCAUUUUCCUAUUUGGUGCCAGUCUGUUGAAGACCAGCAACAAAUGCAGGGGAAAGAAGUGUCUGGGGGCUUUGGUAGGCUUUGACCCCCCGUUCUGAUCAGAAGGGCUGUGUGGCUUUGGGUGAGUCCUGUGCCCUCCUGGGGCCUUAGUUUCCUCAGCCAGAAGAUGCCUAUGCCCUGCCUUCUGUUGGCUAACAUGCCCCUGUCCACUGUGUGCCUGUCCACAUGUGGAGAAGUGGAGGCAGGUCCCUGCCCCAGUCUGAGACGGCCCGCUCUGCAGAGGCCGCUCCUGUGGGUGGGCAGCCAACUCAUGUAGACCUUGGGACACUACAAUGGCCCCAAGGUAGCAGGCAGGGGAACUGGCAGAAAAACUGCCCUCCUCAGACAAGCUUCAUGCUCCUUCCAAAUACCCUCCAGAUGAAAAAAGAGAGAGAGAGAAACAGAGUCAAGUCACAUUUAUAGGAAAAGCAUCUCCAGGCAUAUGUGCCGUAGCUCAAAUCCUGCCCCAUGGCUUCCCCACCCCCUUCAAAGGGAGAGUCUUGGGGGAAUUUGUUUGCCAGGCCCCGUGCUGACUUCUUUGUUACUACUUGUUUAGGGUUUUGUUCUAGUUCUCUCUCUCUCUCUCUCUCUCUCUCUCUCUCUCUCUCUCUCUCUCUCUCUCUUUCUUUUUUAUUAUGUGGCUGUGAACUUGAAUGACCAUUGCUCAAACUUUCUGCUACUGGGGGGGUGGGUGGGGGAGGGGAGAAGAGACGUCUGUUUUAUUCUUGGUGUUUUCAGUGGAAUAAAUAGCUACAAAUUUA